UUGAUAAUAAUUUCCCAAUGCUAAAUAAUAGUUUCAAGGUUUUUUGUUUUGUUUUUGUGCUGUACUUAGUUCCACUUUUCCGUGAUAAGUGUUUUAGCGAGUGAUUAUGUGUAAAUAUAAUUAAUUAUUGCACAGAAAUUAUGGCUUUAUGCAUUCUGAAUUUUUGUGGCUGAAGUCACCGGGUGACGCUUUUUUUUUUUACUUUCUAACCUAAGAAAAUAGUGAAGAACGUGCGGUUCCAUCUCGUGAACGAUUAUUUGAGCUUUUGAACACGGCCCGGCUGCAGCGAUGGAGAGGCCGCCCCCCGUCCAGAGGAGCAGUGGUGCAGCGGCGGGGUGGAUCUACGACAUGCGACGGGAGGUCCAGGAAGUGGUCCCGGGGGUGUACCUUGGGCCGUACUACGCCGCCUCUAGGAGCAAGCUGGCGGAGCUGCAGGCGCUCGGAAUCACUCACAUCGUGUGCGUCCGGAACGACAUGGAAGCACACCUCAUCAAGCCUCACUUUCCCGACGACAUCAAAUACCUGGUGUUGAACAUCAGAGACACAGUCACGGAGAACAUCAUCCAGUACUUCCCGAAGGUGCGGAAGUUCGUGGACGAGAGCAUCGCGGCGAACGGGAAGACCUUGGUUCACGGCAACGCCGGGUGCUCACGGAGUGCAGCGCUGGUUCUCGCCUACGUGAUGGAGAAAUACGGACUGACAAUUUCGGAAGCAUUUGCGAAGGUCCAGAGGCACAGGUUCUGCAUCAGGCCCAACGAGGGGUUCAUGGCGCAGCUGUCGGAGUACGAGCCCAUCUACAAGGCGCAGCGCACGCUGCGCAACGGGCAGUGCUCGACGGACAAGUGGCGGGCCAAGCGACGCAUCGACGAGGUGGAGGAGCAGUCCGCCGAGCCGGUCCACCUGUCCCAGCGCAUGGACGUGAACAGCUGAUGGCCGUGAUUCACGGUGAUGUUUACCCCCCCGGCGGGUCGCGCGGUGCUGCGAACGGGAGCAAGACGCGCUGCAUCGUGUUCGUCGUCUUCCCGUACGAACAUUUCAUUCGCUUGCAGUGGUUGCGCUAUGCGAGAUAUUUUUUAUGAGCAGUGCAAUGGAAAGUGUGCUUACUUAUAAAAUGUAAGUCACAGCCAUGUGUGGAACUUGGAUUUUUUUUUUCAAGUUUGAGGGUUUUGAUAUCCGUAGUAGAUUUCUUCAGAUUCCUACUCUGCUAUCUGAAUAUUUUCUUACUGUGAGACCAGCAUAUCAUGAAUUCAGUGUUGACAAUUAUGCGUGAGACUUGACUGUUAAUGCACAUGUUACUCGUAGGUGUAUGUAUAUUUUAUACCUCUUUGUUUAAAGAUUUUUAUAAUAUUUUUUAAGUUGCAGAAUUUAUACUCCAGAAGAAAUAUUUUGUGUUUGGACAGUGUUGAUAGUAGUCGUAGUUGUUCUCAGUAGUUAAGAACCAAUUAAUAAGAAUGAUAAUUUGUUUUAAGUGUGGCUUUUAACUAAAAACAUUCAAAGAGCUGUUCAGUUUUUAUUCUAAGCGUGCACAUUUGUAAGUGUACAUUUUUUACCAGCUUCUGCAUCAAAUAUUAAAAAAAUAUACAUAUUCUAAAUGUUUGAAUUUGUGAGUAUGAGACAACUUGCAGGUUGCAACAUAUAUCAGUGAAUAUAGUCUUUUGCAGAUGUUUUUGUAGAAACAAUUUUUAAUAUUGAGCUUCAAGCUAUGUAUUAAUAAGUAUGUAAAUGUACUUUCAAAGAUUUUACUUUAUUUCCAAAUGAGUUUGUCAGUAGAAACUUUUUUUUUAAGUUCUGAAUCAUCAAACUUCUAAGGCUGUUCAGUAUUAGGUAAUAUUUCUGUUGGCCAUUAAAAAUAUAAUAAAUAGCGCAUGUUACCAAAUAGUACAUUCUUAUCUUGAUAUGUAUGUACUAUUGCUUAGUUAGACUACAAACUAGAAAGAAUGAUUUUUGUGGUAAAGUAUUUUGAGCUGAAUUUUUUCUAUUUAAAGAAAUGUCUGAUAAACUGCAUUUUCUGUAGUGAGUUCAUACUCUCUUUUUUGACAGAAAUUUUAACCAACUAAAUAUCAUAUAAAUGAAGAGAGUGUCCACAAAUAAUUUUAAGAAUUCACAUGCUGGCAUUCUGAAUGUGUAUGAGUGUUGGAUCAUGAAUCUUAGACAUCUCUCUGAGCUUUGUAUCACCGAAUGACACAAUUUUAGAUUCUAAAAAUGCAGCCCUGUAGUCCUGCUUCUACCGCUACAAUUGACAACAUGGCAAUGCUUUGGCUGGUUUCUUCAUUACUUGAUGCAUCAGCUGCAAAAAGGAAGGCCCCGUGUCUUGUGUUGAUUGGGUGUUGAGGGGAAGACCACUCAAGGCUUGUCAACUUAAGAGCUUUCUUCAAGAGAAUUUAGGAUGUAAGCAAAACCUAGGGUGUUCUUCAGGUCACCGAAAUCUCAUAAAAAGUAAGAAAACUGGGGGACUGACACGAAAAUGUCAGAUACAUAUUAACAGUAAUGUUGCUGGAAGACAUGAUACUUCAAUUUUCAACAACCCUUUUGCUUACUUACAUUUUUUGUAGACGCCAUUUUUUUCCAGUUUAUAUGGGAACGUUAAACGUAAAUAAUUUGAGAAUGGGAGAAUGUAUACUGGAAAUAAAUGUAAAAAUUAUCUCUGAAAAGAUUUAAGUUUUUUAACCUAACAAAUUUAUUUGUGCCUGUGAAUAGUAUAUCAAUGUCGUAUUACAUUUGUUUAUGUUUAAUUAAGCUUAUUUUGUACGUUCCCAUUCGUUUUGUAAUGUAAUCUUAAUAAUAUUUGAAUAAAUUUAUAAUUUAAGGAUGUCCAAGCUUAGCUCAAAAGAGGUGAAAUGAAAAACUUUAGUGCAUUAUGCUCAUACUACUAAUGUUGUGAGUUACAAGAUAAUUUUAAAUGAAAAUUUUCAAACAAUAGUAAUCAUAAGAAAGAUAACUUAGGUCUUAAUACAAAAAAAAAUUAUUUUCAUUGCCCAAGAAAAUGCAUUGUUUUGAUGGAUGCACAUCUCACCAACUGCAGACAAAUAAUAUCACAUCCGUUUGGUCGUUGUGGCUUACUGCAGACGUGUGAUGGCAGUAAUUCGUGGAAAUUGACAUAAGUCAAGAGAGGUGCAGGGUUGCUUUGAAAACCUGUUGCUUGUCAUUUCAACUGUGGUGAAAGGUUAAACGGGCUAUUGUCGCUAUGUACUUUUAACAACUGUCAAAAAAAAGAGAAUCUUCCAUGAACUGCAGUCUAAUUGCUUUGUGUGCAUACAUGAGUCACAUGUUUUAUUUUCUCCUCUCUCCAUGCCCUCGUCUUAAAAAUAUUAGUAUGCAUAAUAAAGUUGGAAUGUCUUGGUAUUUCCUUCUGUACACCAAGCUAUCUAUGAGCAUCAUGUUUUGACAGAUAUCUUACAGGAUGUCUACUGGUCAUGUAAGUCAUGAAAAAGUAAAGAAACUGAAGGUCUGGUCAUGGAAGUCAGGAAAAGGCAAGGAAACUGAAGGACUGGUCAUGUAAGUAAGGAAACUGCAGAUCUGUUCACGAAAGUCAGGUAAUAAGCCCUAAAUAAGCAGUAAUGGUGUGGAAGCAACAAAAAUUUAAUUUCAAGUAGAUUUUUGCCUACUUAUAUUUUUUUUAUGCCUCUGUUCAGUUUAUAGUGACAUGCAUAAAUUAUCUCUAAAAAUAUUUUAGCCUUUUUAACUUAAAAAUCUUUUGUAUUGCAUAUGCUUGUGUUCAAUUUUGGUUAUGUACUGUAUACAGAUUUACAAAUCACUCUUUGAUAUAAAAAAAGGUGUUAAAAUGUUCUAAAAAAAGUCUUUAAAUUAAUUUGCUAGGUGUUUGUAGACACCUUUUCGUAUUUUUACCAUUUCUUGAACUACACUUUGUAUUCUUUACAAAAAAAAUUUUUUCCCACCCAAGUUUUAUUGAAGAUUUAAGUCUGUCCUGAAGAUGGAUUGUCACAUGGUGCAGACACAGAAAGCUACCUCUGUUCGUGGCAUUUUUAUGCAGAAUACUUUUGAUAAAUAUUUCUGAAUGUUUUAUGAUUUGAAAUUAUGAUUGCCAAACACCUAAUUACAGUCAAACCAAAUAUUAUCUUUUCUUGUUUCAAUGAUUCAACUCAAAUUGAAAAAAAAAACUGAUUUUUCACUGAUCAUAUUUUUUACUACUCGAAAGACAGUGUGUGGUCAUAUGUGGCAUUAUUUUAUAGUUCUGUUUGUGUGCAUUUGUCUACCAUUUUGGGAACAAUCCAAAAUGAAUAUAUUUAAGUACGCCAGCCCCUCAAAGUAACGCUGUUAGAUUACCGUCAUUUUGAAGUGGCGCAAUCAUAUAUUAAAAGAAGCUGUUUUCUUUUACGUAAAUUUUCAUUUCAGUGCGUGCACAAUGGCAAUAGCAUUUAUGUAUCAUUAAAUACAAGGCAACGAAUUAAUACUUUGAUGAAUCAACAAAUAAUAUUUUUCUUUUCCUUAAUAGCUAUUUGCUUGCGUACACGGCACCCGUGUGUUCAGCAAACAUUUAGUUUACGCCAUCCCACGUCAGUAGCAGCUCUGGAGAACGAAGCUAGAAGAUUUCGGGGAUAGUUUAACUCACACCUACUAGAAUGCGCUAGUGACAAAUUGUGGCAGACACACAUUUAGUAAACAACAGUGUCGAGAAUUACUUUAAAAGGUAAAAUAAUUUUUCUAAUUAUAAUGCUAAGUUGAGCAUUUAAAAUUCUUAUUUGAACUUAAAUAAUAUUAUUAUUUUGUAACUCAGAAAUUUAGUCAGCGCCUUAGGAAUGCUGUGCCCAAGCCCUGUUACAUAAACAAUGUGGUACCUGAAUUUUUUAAAUUUAAUUUUAGGUUGUUUAGUUUUAAAAAAUGUACUUCAUAUUUAUAUACACAAAUACAUAUAUACAUAUGUAUACAAAUAUAUACAUAUUUAUAAAAUAUAUACAUAUGUAUACAAUAAUAUACAUAUAUACACACACAUUAUAUAUAUAUAUAUAGUAAAUUAUUUUUAAUGGGAGUAGUGUCUGGAUUAAAAUCGUAGCCAGCAGGCAUGAAUUAUUUUGAUAAACAUACUCUUACGGGUGCUCUGUUUUCCUCGAACAAAUUACAGCGUUUCUUCACAGGGCAGGUGUACUGUAACCAUGGAGUAGUGCAUGCAAUAAUUUUUUUUGUAAAACUUUCAAGACUAGUGUAUUAGGCAUAGUUUAUACAGGAUGAGUCUUUUAAAUGAGGCCUCGUGGAACACAUGUGAAAAGAAAGAGUGCUUGAGUAAACAAAGUACAGUGAGAGCUAGAGGUGGUGCUGGAAAAUGUCCUCCCUUCGAGGUAGUUGUCACACUGUACUUACUGUAUUUACUCACCCAUUCGUUGCACGCCGAGUUCCAGGGGGCCUCUUUCAAAAAAGACUUGCCCUGUACAAGCCAGACUGACCUUUCUAACAAUUUAAAAAAAGAAAAAAAAAAUGUAUUAAUAUUUUCUGUGAAUAAAUUAUUAUUCCUGCAUGUAAGUAUACUACAUGGUGAAAAAGCUCGAGAUUUAUUUGUUUGUUUGCACUCACACCAUGCACGAGAAUCACCAAGAUAAGUGUUUACUGUUUACCAUGCAAUGUGUUGCAUGUCCUCCAGUAUUAGACUGAAAUAUGGCUAAUAGUUCAUAGGAUAACUUUUAUUUUGUACUUAUUGUAUAGUAAUUUAUGUACGUUGUUUGUAAUGCAAAAUAAUCAUAUUCACCCCCAGAUACAUUUUUUUUUUGUUCUGAAGGAUGUACUGUUAACAGCAUAAUACUUGUAAUUUACUUUUGGUAACUUAUUAAUUAUCUGUAUGUUAAUUGCCCUUGCACAUCUGAGUACCAUAGCAGAAAGUCAGGAGAAUCUCUGUUAAAUGGGAUUGUGCUUUUUGUCACGAACAUAGUAUAGUUUUUAUGUAAUUUGCUAACAUUAUGACAUAUUUGAUGCCUCAAUACAGAUCAAAAUUUAAACUGUUCUAACUUUAUUGAGAGCAGUGCAUCAUAUUACAUAUCUAUAUUGGUUUAUAAAUUUUCUUGCAUGAUAAGUCUCUUACACUGCAAUGUAAUUUUCCUCGCCCAUAAUUAUGGCCAGUUAGUUGACCUCAGUGUAAAGUUGUAAACUGUGAAUAUUUGUAUGUGUUGUGUUUUUUUCUUGUGGGUUAGCCUCGCUGUCAAUAACGAUAUGCAUUGACAACUAGGUUUUCAACUCUGAAAUGCCAUGGCAUUCAUUCCUGCUUGACUGCCUUUUUUUGUGUGUGAGAGAUUCAUACAUAGAGCAAUCAGUCAUUUUUAUAGUCCCCUCUAAAAAAACUUUUAAGUCAAAGAUUAGAGCUGGACCAAUCACUUGAUUUUUUUCGCCAAAUUCUUUUGGCCAUUUAGGAUAUUUUAUCUCUCAUCUCACUAGAAAAACUUUAUAAGCCUAGCAUGUCUUCUAGGUUAAAAUAAGUAAUGGACUGCAGAUUGCAUAAGCUAAUGUUUAAUAGGAAUUUGUUUUUUCACGGGCUGAAAAGGUAUAGGUUAGCAAUGGUGCAAUACUUAUGUGUCUUACAUACAAUAAAUGGCACUUUAAGUUAUGUAAUAUACUUUUCACAUUUGGGUGGGGAGGGAGGAAAUUUUUUCCAUUCCGUCCAGUUCAUUUGUGCCCCUAAAGGGGCAUACUUGAUAUAAUUUUUUACCCUUCAAGGUCAUCAUCUAUCCUAAUGACAUCUAAAUGAGCUCAUAUUAUAUCCAGGUGGAUUAAUGAUGUUCAGCCUUUAAAAAAAUUAAUCUUGUUUUGAUGCUAUUAAAAGACGUGUACAAACUGUCAAAAAUACUAACAUUUGGUUUAAAAAAAACUGAAUAAACAAUGCUAAGAAGUGUGUAUAGCUGGUCAUCAUUAUAAGACAAUAAUUCCUAAUAUUGGCCCAGCUCUAUUGACAGUUAAACAAUUUUAGAGUGCAAUGUAUGCCUUGCAAGAUGUCAUGAAAGUAGAUUGUUGAACGUCAAAUGUUUUCUCAGUUUUAAUUUUAUGAAUUGUGCAAGGGUAUGCUAGACUGAUAGUUGUUAUUAGUUGAUUUUUAAUGCGAAACUGCCGUUACUUUUUUAUUUUGUUUUGUAAAUAUGUAAUUUUCUACUAAAAAAGAUUAUGAAAUAAAGUACACUGCCCGAAACUUA